GGACACAUAUACAACAGCCGUAUAGUAUAAAUGUAGUCCUAAAAAUAUACAUACAACGAUGUCUAUUGAGGUGAUCAGACCAUCGUUAACACCAACAAAACCCUCCGAGUUGAGACUGUCCGAUGAAGUCCUUCACUGUCCUUGUCCUCAGGCUUCCUUGUCACACGUGUGGUAAACAGUACACAGGGGUGCAGCUGUAACUAGACAAACAACAAAUUCUCCAAGUUAUCACAAUUCCAACUUAACUCCGGAGUCCACAGGCCGACGUGAACCCACCGAUCGCAACUUCAAUCGACGCUUCAUGCCCUGAAACGCAAUCCAUAAACCCAGUGAGCCCGUCGAUGCGGAAGGGGACAAAAGAUCUCGUCACUCGAGGGGAAAGCAAAAGCACAUGAGCUCCGCAGCCAGCCUAUGUGCGCCUGUUGGAGGCACACUCUUGCGGCCAAUCCAGACGCGAGGAACAGGCGGUGCUAGAAUGCCUCCGUGGUGCCUCCAAAACGACCGAAAUGUGGAGGGAGUGCAGUCUGAUGCACCACGUCGGCAUCGAUGCUGUGCUUCCUCCUGGCGUCUGCCCUGGCUCUCUACCAUCCAGAGGCACUCGCCAAGAUGCGCUUUACUCCACAUAUCCGCGGACGUGGAUGUAUUCCUCGCCCAACGCCCUCACUUUUGCGGAUGUUUUCGAUGCAUCGCCACAUGCCAUCUACUUGCGCCCCCCCAUCUCCAUCCUGCCCUGUCGCGCGCUGCAGCUUGCAACUGGCCGCUCCCUCCGCAUGAUCAUCUGCGGCAACCCUACCAGGGCUUCCUCAGAUUCUCCCACUGGCACUUGCAUAUAAACUCAGGCGCUCCGCCUCCAGUUGUCAGAAGCGCAACAUUCAUCAACCUUCCAGCAGGUGGAGAACUAAUCAGAUCGACAACCAUUCAUACUUCGCAGUUCAGUGGCCUGCCUCUGCUGUAUCUCGCAUUAUCUUCAGUCUUCGCGCGAUUUCGGAAGCCGAUUGAUUACAUCUCGUAUUUGCCAGUAGAACAGGACAAUGGCCGCCACGAUGUCUCAGAUGUCUGCUGCUGCUCCCAUGGCCGGCGGUCUCAUGGCCCUGACUCCAUCCUCCACGAAGCUGUCCAGCGCUGCUUCCCGUGUGGUGGCCCGACCCAGACUGGGCGCGUCGCUGGCGGGGCGAGUUCGAUGCGAGGCGGGCAAGGGCCUGCGGGAGACCAUCGAUGAGAGCACGAAGAAGGAAAUCACGGAGGGCGAGAUCCUGAAGAACAUGGAGACCAACGAGUCCGAGCAGCGUUCCUACUUCGGCGCCAAGCCCACUCCCGGGUUCGACCAGGCAGUGGGGUUCACCCCCCGCCCGGAGAUCGAGAGGCGGCCCGAGACCAGCGACAAGUCCUUCUUCAGCGUGUUCGCGUUCGACGGGGCCGCCCCGGAGACCAUCAACUGCCGACUGGCGAUGUUGGGCAUGGUGUGGGCGUUCUUCGCGGAGAAGGCGACGGGGCUGACAGUAGCACAGCAGCUAUUCAACCCCACCACAAGCGGGCUUGUGUAUUUCGUGGGCGCGGUGCAGUUAUUCACGUACGCAUCGCUGGUGCCGAUCAUGAACGGCGAGUCGACGGAUGCUCGCAGCUUCGGGCCGUUCACGGCGCGAGCUGAGCGAUGGAACGGGCGUCUAGCAAUGCUAGGAUUCCUGUCGCUAGUGGUCACGGAGCUGAUCCGCGGAGCUCCCGUGUUCCACUAAAUGGAUGCACAUAUGUCGGUAGGCGUGGAGAGAACAAAGGCAGUGAAUUGCAUCGCCGUGGGGUGGCUGCGUGUGUAUGAUACGGUGCCGAAGUUGUGGAAUUGAGUGUACAGUUUGGAGCUAGGAUGAGAGAGAGAGAGCUCAGGGAUAGGUAUGUGGGAGGCGAGGAGGAUCGGUUUUGAAGGACCAUGGAAGGAUGUACAGUGUAUUGUUGAGAUGACGACGAGUGUGAGUAAUUGGAGAUGAUGAUUUUGAGAAA